AUGAAGCCGCUGCCGCCCGAGGCAGAUGCCCAGGCCAACGGACAUCUGGACAAGGCGUUUGGGCUUUUGCCGCAACGGCUCGAUCUUCCCAAUCCCAAUCCUCACAAUCAUCCCAAUCUUCCCAAUCCCAAUCCUCACAAUCAUCCCAAUCCCAAUCCCAAUCCCAAUCCUCACAUUCAUCAUCCUCCCAUCCCGCCGCUGGACGUGCGGGCGGCGGCCAUUCGGCUCGAGACCGAACAGGAAAAGACCAAGCAGGUCCAGCACAAAGUCGAGUUGGCCCGGGUGGUUCUCGACAUACUCAAGGAGGCAAAGGCCCACUCGAUAGGUGACGACGUGCUCCGGCGAUUGUUUGCCGAGCUUGAAGAUGCGCCCCGGCUCCAGAGCCCCACGGCCCAGUCCAAACAGGUGCAGACGCCGCCGUCGGCCCGCGACAAGACCAAGCCCGAGAACCUAGGCGAAAUGCUGAAGACGAAGGACAAUGCCCAUAGUCGGGCAAACCUGCCUCGCCUGGAAAACCUGCCUCGCCUGGAAAACGUUCCCCGCCUGGAAAACCUGCCUCCGCCCCGCCAGCAGCCUCUGCCCGUGUCCCAUUCUCAACCGAAGUUGUGCUAUCUGCCUCUCGCCCAGACAUCCCACGCAAGCUCCGAAAGCCACACUGUCGCCGGCUCUCCGAAGGACAACCUGCCUCCAUUGAUGAAAACGCUGCCUGUGCCCGUGUACCAGCACAUGUAUCCCGUGUACUACCAAGUGCCCGAAAAGACGUCGUUUCGGCCUGAAGAAAAAGAGGCGUUGGGCCUGCCGUACUCAGGCAGAAACUACUCCACUCUCAUGUAUCAGCCCCGUUUUCUCCAGGGCUCUCUGCAACAGCAGCAGCCCGCCUACUACUAUAUGAAGUCGUCACAGCUGGGCCAGAUGAUGCCUGCGCCGUAUUUUGUGCCGCCUCCUCCGCCCGGAAAAGUGGUGCCGUGGCCGGCUUUGGCCGAGCCUUUGAAUCCGCUGAAGGAAGAGGAGCAGCAGCCGAAAAGAAAAAAGACAAAGACCAACCUCAACUUUAUGAUUUCUACGCCCAAGAAUCCGCCUGCUAAGAAGUACAACAAGUAG